ACGAAACUUACUGAUGAUAAAAUAUGUAAACAACUUGCGUUGCACAUAUUUCUAGAAUUAUUUUUCGUGUGUUAGCUGUAUUAUUACGUAAUAAUCUUAUAAAUAAGAACCACUCAAUUAAUAAAGUAUACGCCUGAAAAUCAUAGUUGCUGACAUAAAGAUGAAUUUCGCUGGAAAAGUAGUAAUUGUAACCGGCGCGAGUUCCGGUAUUGGAGCGGCGACUGCGGUCUAUCUAUCUAAACUUGGUGCCAAGUUAUCUCUGAUCGGAAGAAACGCUGAUAAUCUUCAGAAAGUGAGCAAAGACUGCGAGAAAUCUGCACCAACUUUCACGGUACAAGCUGAUUUGACUAAAGAGAGCGACAUCGAAAAAAUCGUGAAGAACACCAUCGACCACUACGGUCAGUUAGAUGUGCUGGUGAACAACGCUGGGAUCAUUGAGACAGGUACUAUCGAGAACACUUCGUUAGCUCAAUACGACCGGUUGAUGAACACUAAUGUUCGCUCAAUUUACUAUUUGAGCAUGUUGGCUGUCCCACAUCUGAUCAAAACCAAGGGCAACAUCGUGAACGUAUCCAGCGUGAAUGGAAUUCGGUCUUUCCCGGGAGUGCUCGCGUAUAACGUGUCCAAGGCGUCUGUGGACCAGUUCACCAGGUGUGUGGCCUUAGAACUGGCAUCUAAAGGGGUGAGGGUGAACUGUGUAAAUCCAGGCGUGAUCUUGACUGAGUUGCAAAAACGCGGCGGCCUGUCCGAAGAACAGUACAAAGCAUUCUUGGAGAGAAGCAAGGAGACUCAUGCCUUGGGGCGUCCUGGCAAGCCAGAGGAGGUAGCUGCUACGAUUGCUUUCCUUGCCAGUGAGCUGGCAAGUAACAUCACUGGUGCAAGUCUGCCUGUUGACGGUGGCCGUCAUGCCAUGUGUCCACGCUAAUUAAUAUGCCAUUGUAUUCAAUAUUUUGAAGUGCCUUAACAAUAUUUAAAUGUAUAGUAUUUAAGUGCAAUAUUUUAUUGUUUAUAUCAUGAAUGUUGUUAUUAUUGCAUUUAUAAAAGUGUUCAUAUUUUGUUAAUAAAUUGUUUUAUUAUUAAAA